AGGGCCUGAAGCAAUGUCCUCCGCAGAGAGAAACAUAAAGGACACUUAAUCACACGGUCCUUGGAAUUAUUUCCAGGAAACACUUACAGAAGCCAUUUGGGAGUCCUGGCGGCACAGUCAGGGGCGGCCAGGAAAUGAGCGCUUCUUUGAAUUACAAGUCUUUCUCCAAAGAGCAGCAGACCAUGGAUAACUUGGAGAAACAAUUGAUCUGUCCCAUCUGCCUAGAGAUGUUCACGAAGCCUGUGGUCAUUCUCCCCUGCCAGCACAACCUGUGCAGGAAAUGUGCCAGUGACAUCUUCCAGGCCUCUAACCCAUACUUACCCACAAGAGGAGGCACCACUGUGGCAUCGGGGGGUCGAUUCCGCUGUCCCUCCUGCAGACAUGAGGUGGUGUUGGACAGACAUGGGGUUUAUGGACUUCAGAGGAACCUGCUCGUGGAAAACAUCAUUGACAUCUACAAGCAGGAGUCCACCAGGCCAGAAAAAAAGUCCGACCAGCCCAUGUGUGAAGAGCAUGAAGAUGAACGUAUUAACAUCUACUGCCUGAACUGUGAGGUGCCCACCUGCUCCUUGUGCAAAGUGUUUGGCGCCCACAAGGACUGCCAGGUGGCUCCCCUUACCCAUGUGUUCCAGAGGCAGAAGUCAGAACUCAGCGACGGCAUUGCCAUACUUGUGGGAAGCAACGAUCGGGUCCAGGGAGUGAUCAGCCAGCUAGAGGACACCUGUAAAACAAUUGAGGAGUGCUGCCGAAAGCAGAAACAGGACCUAUGUGAGAAGUUUGAUUACCUCUACGGCAUCCUGGAAGAGAGGAAAACUGAAAUGACCCAAGCCAUCACCCGAACACAAGAGGAGAAGCUGGAGCACGUCCGAGCUCUUAUCAGAAAGUAUUCUGAUCACUUGGAGAACGUAUCAAAGUUGGUGGAGUCGGGAAUCCAGUUCAUGGAUGAGCCGGAAAUGGCAGUGUUUCUGCAGAAUGCCAAGACCCUGUUACAAAAGAUCGCGGAGGCAUCCAAGGCAUUUCAGAUGGAGAAAGUUGAACAGGGUUAUGAGAUCAUGAGCCACUUCACAGUCAACCUCAAUAGAGAAGAGAAAAUUAUACGUGAAAUUGAUUUUUACCGAGAAGAGGAAGAGGAAGAGGAUACAGGAGAAACAGAAGAAGAAGGAGAAGGAGAAGGAGAGGAUGCGGCGGAAGUAGAAGAGGUAGAGAAUGUUCAGAUAGAGUCAUCAGGGGAAGAGGAACGCCCAGAAAAAGCCGCAGAGCCCCCGCAGCUCACCCCAGAGCUCCAGGCUGCCCCAGGGCCACUUCUUGCUUCCUCUCCAGAGCCACCUUCAUCCAUGCCACCUGCUGCAGACGUCCUGGUGACACAGGGGGAGGUGGUGCCCAUUGGCUCUCAGCAGACCACACAGUCUGAAACUCCAGGCCCUUCAGCAGCGGAGACUGCGGAUCCCUUGUUUUACCCUAGUUGGUAUAAAGGCCAAAACCGGAAAAUCAUCUCCAACCUACCUUGCACCCCUGGGAGUGAAGGUCUGGGGCAAGUAGGGCCUCCUGCUGCUGAGGAUUCCAGUGUGCAGUCUGCAGAAGUGGCAGAAGGCGCAGCCAAUGAGCAGACAGCAGUGAGUGGUAAGGAAUCUAGUUCACCUGCAGCUACCUCUCAGAUUGGCUUUGAAACGCCUUCUCCCCAGGGACAGGCCUCAGCCUCAGGGAGCGGGGGUGGGGCUGAUUCUGAACCAGCGCGCCACGUCUUCUCCUUCUCCUGGUUGAAUUCCCUGAACGAAUGA